AAUAAUGUAAUGGGCCGCCCACGUGACUCCAGGAAGGCGGAGACAGGCGAGCUGGAGAGAAGACUGACAGGCUGCCUGGAAGGAGGUGAGGAGGGGGUCGAACUGAAUAAUUGAGGAGCUGUUCAGCAGCAGCGGCUACCUCCAGCCUUCCUUUGCCACCGCCACUCCGCAUCACAGUGGGAGAGACAGACUCCGGCGCUGUAAGUGCAGACGACUAGCCACCAGUCCCCGCAGCCUGUUAAUCGCCUCCAGCCCUCUGACAUUCAUGCCCAGGAGAAGGCUGCUUUGGGUCCCUCUGGACCUUUCCUAAAAAGGAUAUCCCUACUCACUAGAUGAGUUCCAGAAGCACCCACUAAGGCUCCCAUAGAACCUCUUUCAUCAGUUGGCCUUCACCAAGACCCUAUCACACAGGAUGAGUGGCUUCCUUGCCUCCCUGGACCCCCGGCGGGUGCAGUGGGGGGCCGCCUGGUAUGCCAUGCACUCCAGGAUCUUACGCACCAAACCAGUGGAGUCCAUGCUGGAGGGAACUGGGGCAACCACAGCCCAUGGCACCAAGCUAGCUCAGGUGCUCACCACCAUGGACCUCAUCUCACUUGGCGUUGGCAGCUGCGUGGGCACGGGGAUGUACGUGGUAUCUGGUCUGGUGGCUAAGGAAAUGGCAGGACCCGGUGUCAUUGUGUCCUUCAUCAUUGCAGCCGUUGCAUCCAUAUUAUCAGGCGUAUGCUAUGCAGAGUUCGGAGUCCGCGUCCCCAAGACCACUGGGUCAGCCUAUACCUACAGUUACGUCACCGUCGGGGAAUUUGUGGCGUUUUUCAUUGGCUGGAACCUGAUCCUGGAGUACCUGAUUGGCACUGCGGCUGGCGCCAGCGCUCUGAGCAGCAUGUUCGACUCGUUAGCAAACCACACCAUCAGCCGCUGGAUGGUGGACAGCGUGGGAACUCUCAAUGGCCUGGGGAAAGGGGAAGAAUCGUACCCUGACCUUCUGGCUCUAGUGAUUGCAAUCAUCGUCACCAUCAUUGUUGCACUGGGGGUGAAGAAUUCCGUGGGCUUCAACAACGUCCUCAAUGUGCUGAACCUGGCAGUGUGGGUGUUCAUCAUGAUCGCAGGCCUCUUCUUCAUCAAUGGGAAGUACUGGGCUGAGGGCCAGUUCUUGCCCCAUGGCUGGUCAGGGGUGCUGCAAGGAGCAGCCACGUGUUUCUAUGCUUUCAUCGGCUUUGACAUCAUCGCCACCACUGGAGAAGAAGCCAAGAAUCCAAACACGUCCAUCCCUUAUGCUAUCACCGCCUCCCUGGUCAUCUGCCUGACAGCAUAUGUUUCUGUGAGCAUGAUCUUAACUCUGAUGGUGCCAUACAGUGCCAUCGACACGGAAUCCCCGCUCAUGGAGAUGUUUGUGGCCCAUGGGUUCUACGCUGCAAAAUUCAUAGUGGCCAUUGGGUCAGUUGCAGGACUGACAGUCAGCUUGCUGGGCUCCCUCUUCCCAAUGCCAAGGGUCAUUUAUGCCAUGGCUGGUGAUGGGCUCCUUUUCAGGUUCCUGGCUCACGUGAGUUCCUACACAGAGACGCCAGUGGUGGCCUGCAUUGUGUCGGGGUUCCUGGCAGCUCUCCUCUCACUAUUAGUCAGCCUGAGAGACCUAAUAGAGAUGAUGUCCAUCGGCACACUCCUUGCCUACACCUUGGUUUCUGUCUGCGUCUUGCUCCUUCGAUACCAACCAGAGAGUGACAUUGACGGUUUUGUCAAGUUCUUGUCCCAGGAGCACACAAAGAAGAAGGAAGGCAUCCUGGCUGACUGUGACAAGGAAGUUUGUUCUCCUGUGAGUGAAGGGGAAGAGUUUUCUGGCCCAGCCACCAACACAUGUGGGGCCAAGAACCUACCAUCUCUGGGAGACAACGAGAUGCUCAUAGGCAAAUCCGAUAAGUCAACCUACAAUGUGAACCACCCCAACUAUGGCACUGUGGACAUGACCACAGGCAUAGAAGCUGACGAAUCCGAAAACAUUUAUCUCAUCAAACUAAAGAAGCUGAUUGGGCCCCGUUACUACACCAUGAGGAUCCGGCUGGGCCUUCCAGGCAAGAUGGAUCGGCCCACGGCAGCUACAGGGCACACGGUGACCAUCUGCGUGCUGCUGCUCUUCAUCCUCAUGUUCAUCUUCUGCUCCUUCAUCAUCUUUGGUUCUGACUACAUCUCAGAGCAGAGCUGGUGGGCCAUCCUUCUGGUUGUUCUGAUGGUGCUGCUGAUCAGCGCCCUGGUGUUCGUGAUCCUGCAGCAGCCAGAGAACCCCAAAAAGCUGCCCUAUAUGGCCCCCUGCCUCCCCUUUGUGCCUGCCUUUGCCAUGCUGGUGAACAUUUAUCUCAUGCUAAAGCUCUCUACCAUCACAUGGAUCCGGUUUGCAGUCUGGUGCUUUGUGGGUAUGCUCAUUUACUUCGGGUACGGCAUCUGGAACAGCACCCUGGAAAUCAGCGCGCGCGAAGAAGCCCUGCACCAGAGCACGUACCAGCGCUACGACGUGGACGACCCCUUCUCGGUGGAGGAGGGCUUCUCCUACGCCACGGAAGGCGAGAGCCAGGAGAACUGGGGCGGGCCUGCGGAAGACAAAGGCUUCUAUUACCAGCAGAUGUCAGAUGCCAAGGCCAACACCCGGACAAGUAGCAAAGCGAAGAGCAAAAGCAAACACAAACAGAACUCAGAGGCCCUGAUUGCAAAUGAUGAGUUAGAUUACUCUCCCGAGUAGAAGUAAACACACAAGAAACGUGUAGAAACAGUGGUGAUUCCUUUUCAGUAACUUAAACCGUGGGCUAGAGGAUGAAAACAUUUUUGGCUCUCAUUUCAAAAAUCCAGCCUUCCCCAGAGUCAGUCCCCAGUCAUAGCCUGUCAUUUGCUAGUUUUGCUCUUCCGGAUAGUUCUGUCGAAGAGUUUAACCUGGGUUUCAUCACUGAUCCCCUUGUUUAAAAAAAAAAAAAAAAAGCUAAACCAGAGGCUGCAAGAAAUUCUGUCUUAGGUGUGACCAUCAGAGCUGAUGGCGGCAAGUGUUUCCUAGGCCUUUGCUUUGCUGGUUGAAUCUUUUUGCUUCUUAUGGAGACCCCAGAAGCAAGGGGCUCACUUUGGGAGCCACCCUGAGGCUGCAGCUCCUCCUGGAGAUGUGCCAAAGCAGGCAGGUGUGGGUGUGGGCAGGUGGACGUGGGCACUUUCUCAGCAAGAAACACUUGGUCUGAAAUCUCACAAAAACGAAAUCAUGGAGAAGACACAGGCUUCUUUUUAUUCACCAAGGUUCUCCCAAUCUCCAAACUCUCACUUUAGGAUCCAGCAAAGGUUAGGGACUCUGAGACCGUUUUCCCCAGAGGUCUGAGAGCUACCCUAAGGCAGCCUUGCAGACCCAACGAUGUGAUAAGAAGCACCAUCAAAGCACUACUUGAAUGCCCAGAAAAAAAAAAAAAAAAUUAAAAAAUCAGCUAACCAUCUCUUGCGGUGAAGGCCAGAAGGGCACUGGCAGAAAUUAACUCUCUGUCAUACCUUUUCUUUUACCAGCCUCUCGGCUCCUGCUGAUAUAAUGAAAGGGGGCAAAGUCGGAGCAUGAUUUCAUGGCAUUAAUAUGCCUUGAAGAAGUAGGUCGUUUGUUUUCUAAUCGGAUAAAAAUCUUUACAAGGAGAAGUGACCCAGCCGCUGCGAUCACAUUGCAAAUUCUAUUUCAGACUUCCAAAAUUAUAAAUUGCGUAGUUUGUUGAGAUUUGCCACCGCGUGAGCCAUGAGCCGCGGGGGCUUCUCUGAAAACAGAACUGUUGCAGCUCGGCUUGUGAGGUAAUGGCAUUCCAAGAGAUCACAUUUCACUUCUGAACCUUACUCUCAGAUAUGAGUAGCUUGCUUUUAGAUUACAUAUUUUGUCUGUUUUUCCCAGAGCAGGUUCACCGAAGCCCAGAAAAAUGCCUACCUGGUAAGGUCUGCAUCGGGCCCUAAGAGGGGUUCUUAAAGG